GCUGCCCGUUACUGAGAAAACUUCAAAUUACAUAAAUAAAUCUACGUUUGCGUAGUGUCAAUUUCUAUCUUUGGGCGAUGUUUGAUACAUAGUUUGUUUCUCGCCGCUGCGAUAUCGGUGUCAGUAGAUCUAUGCAAUACAGCUGCUGUACGACAGGAUACAACGGAAUCCGACUCAGAGCGCCACCCACAAACGUGUAAGCGCAAGUUGGUCACCAUCGGUUGUUUCGUCCCUGCAACGAGGAGGAUCUUGCGUUGGAAAUGUCUGGUAAGAACGGGGACGCAAGGAAGAACAAGCAACAACCACAGCAGCAAGGUAGCCAGCCAAAAUCAAAUGCCUUCGGGUUCGGAGCUUUCGGCUCAACUAGCACCUUUGGCCAGCCCCAGCAACCGCAGUCAGCAAAUCCAAUGUUCGGAAACCUAGGGGCUCCUAGCACCAGUACGUCUACUUUUGGUCUAUUUGCUCAAAACACGAAACCAGAGACGACGACCUCUACUUUUGGUGUCCCCAAGCCUGCAACGGGCUUUGGCGCGUUUGGUGGAUGUACUACUACAUUCGGUGAAGGUACAAGUGCCUUCGGUUUCACAGGAAACGGUCUUCUCGGAUCGACUACCAACACUGGUGGCACAUUCGGCAGCGGUGGAAAGCCCGAUGGUGGAAACAACCCUGCAACGUCUCUCUGGGGAAGAAAUUUAGCACCAAUCACCACUGGCACUGCUUCACCGCCGUUCAGUGUCUACAGCGAGAAAGAUCCUGCAAGCAGUGUUCCUCUCCAGUACCAAACUAUUUCUGCAAUGCAAACUUACCGGAGUACAUCGAUAGAGGUGCAUCUUACCCUGGUUCAUUAUGUUCGUUCUGGAGUGUCUAAUGUCACAUUGUAGGAGUUGCGCGUUCAAGACUAUCAGCAAGGCCGAACAGGUGCAUCUGGCAAAUUACCUUUCGGCUUCGGGGCACCCACCACCCAGCCGACCGGAACUUUUGGUACAGCUAGCACUCAACAACCUAAUACUUCUC